CCACCACAUCUCAUCGAUUAACCACCAUGUACACCACCUCCACCAGCCUCCCCGUCUCCGAGAACUGCGGAAACACCAAGUGCACCUGCGGGACCGCCUGCCAGUGCAAGCCCGGCGAGUGCAAAUGCUAAGGGAUCCGCCCCGCUCGUCGGCCUUCGUCGUUGAUAGAUCUGUAGUUGCUGCGAUUGUGAAUAGCAUCAGUGUAUUGUUCGGUUGUGCGGA